AUGUGGGUGAACCCCGAGGAGGUGCUGCUGGCCAACGCGCUGUGGGUGACGGAGCGGGCCAACCCCUACUUCAUCCUGCAGCGGAGGAAGGGGCACGGCGGCGAUGGAGGCGGCGGGGGCCUGGCUGGUCUCCUUGUGGGUACUCUUGAUGUUGUGUUGGACUCCAGUGCCAGAGUGGCACCAUAUCGAAUACUCUAUCAAGCACCAGACUCCUUGGUCUAUUGGACUAUUGCCUGUGGUUGCUCACGGAAGGAAAUCACUGAACACUGGGAAUGGCUUGAACAGAAUUUGUUGCAAACUCUAUCAAUCUUUGAAAAUGAAAAUGACAUAAAUACAUUUGUCAGAGGAAAAAUACAGGGUAUCAUUGCUGAGUACAACAAAAUCAAUGGCAUCAAGGAGGAUGAUGAUACAGAAAAGUUUAAGGAAGCCAUAGUGAAGUUUCACAAGCUGUUUGGCAUGCCAGAAGAAGAGAAAUUAGUGAACUACUACUCUUGUAGUUACUGGAAGGGGAAAGUUCCUCGUCAGGGCUGGGUGUAUCUCAGCAUCAAUCACCUUUGCUUUUAUUCUUUCCUAAUGGGACGGGAAGCAAAGUUAGUUAUCCGUUGGGUUGAUAUCACUCAACUUGAGAAGAAUGCUACUCUGCUUUUCCCUGAUAUGAUCAAAGUGAGCACUAGGUCCAGUGAACACUUCUUCUCAGUAUUCCUUAAUAUCAGUGAGACAUUUAAACUAAUGGAACAGCUUGCCAAUAUAGCUAUGCGACAACUUUUGGACAAUGAAGGGUUUGAACAAGACAGAUCAUUACCCAAACUGAAAAGGAAAUCUCCCAAAAAAGUAUCUGCACUGAAACGGGAUCUUGAUGCCAGAGCAAAGAGUGAGAGAUACCGUGCAUUGUUCCGACUUCCCAAGGAUGAGAAACUAGAUGGACACACGGACUGUACUCUGUGGACUCCAUUCAACAAAAUGCAUAUUUUGGGUCAGAUGUUUGUUUCUACAAACUACAUCUGCUUUACUAGUAAGGAAGAGAACUUGUGCAGCCUUAUUAUCCCUCUUCGAGAGGUGACAAUAGUGGAAAAGGCAGAUAGCUCCAGUGUGUUGCCCAGCCCGUUGUCAAUCAGCACCAAAAACAGAAUGACAUUCCUGUUUGCCAACUUGAAAGACCGAGACUUUCUUGUACAGCGGAUCUCAGAUUUUCUGCAACAAACCACUUCAAAAAUAUACUUGGAAAAAAAUAUGUCUGGAAGCUAUAUCAGCUCUGAUGAUGAGGUGUUUACAAGAUCAAAUAGCAUUGUUUCUGCCAGCACUCAUAAAAGCCUCAGCUCUGAGUCAGAAGGAGAACGACAGUUCAAUCUCAAUGGCAAUGGCAUUCCAACAGCAACUCAAGCUUUAAUGACUAUGUAUCGACGGAGGUCACCUGAGGAGUUCAACCCUAAACUGGCUAAAGAGUUUUUGAAAGAACAGGCCUGGAAGAUUCACUUUGCUGAAUAUGGCCAAGGAGUGUGUAUGUAUCGUACGGAGAAGACUAGAGAUCUUGUGCUGAAGGGCAUUCCAGAAAGCAUGAGAGGGGAACUCUGGCUGCUGUUUUCAGGAGCCAUUAAUGAAAUGGCCACUCACCCUGGCUAUUAUGAGGACCUAGUGGAAAGAUCAAUGGGGAAGUAUAAUCUUGCUACAGAAGAAAUAGAGAGGGAUCUGCACCGCUCGCUCCCAGAACACCCUGCUUUCCAGAAUGAGAUGGGUAUUGCUGCUCUAAGGAGAGUGUUGACAGCUUAUGCUUUUAGAAAUCCAAACAUAGGAUAUUGUCAGGCUAUGAAUAUUGUCACUUCAGUACUUCUCCUUUACGCAAAAGAGGAGGAAGCUUUUUGGCUGCUGGUGGCUCUGUGUGAACGUAUGCUACCUGACUACUAUAAUACAAGAGUUGUUGGAGCGCUGGUGGAUCAGGGUGUCUUUGAAGAGUUGGCUCGUGACUAUGUUCCUCAGCUUUAUGACUGCAUGCAGGACCUGGGUGUAAUAUCCACUAUUUCCCUGUCCUGGUUCCUCACUCUUUUCCUCAGUGUAAUGCCAUUUGAGAGUGCUGUGGUGGUUGUGGAUUGUUUCUUCUGUGAAGGAAUAAAGGUGAUAUUUCAGUUAGCACUUGCUGUCCUCGAUGCUAAUGUAGACAAGCUGCUUAAUUGCAAAGAUGAUGGAGAAGCCAUGACAGUCUUGGGAAGGUAUUUGGACAGUGUAACUAAUAAGGACAGCACUCUUCCACCCAUUCCUCACCUUCACUCACUGCUCAGUGAUGAUGUAGAGCCUUAUCCUGAGGUGGAUAUCUUCAGGUUGAUCAGAUGCUCCUAUGAGAAAUUUGGAAGUAUCCGAGCAGAUUUGAUUGAACAAAUGAGAUUUAAACAAAGGCUGAAAGUUAUCCAAACCCUUGAAGACACUACAAAGCGCAACGUGGUACGAACUAUUGUGACAGAGACUUCUUUCACUAUUGAUGAAUUGGAGGAACUGUAUGCUCUUUUCAAGGCAGAACAUCUGACUAGCUGCUACUGGGGAGGAAACAGCAAUGCUAUUGACCGUCAUGAUCCCAGCCUGCCUUAUCUGGAGCAGUACCGUAUUGAUUUUGAGCAGUUCAAGGGGAUGUUUGCUCUCCUCUUUCCUUGGGCAUGUGGAACUCAUUCAGAUGUAUUAGCUGCACGCUUAUUCAGACUUCUUGAUGAAAAUGGAGACUUGCUCAUCAACUUCCGUGAAUUCGUGUCUGGGCUAAGUGCAGCAUGCCAUGGUGAUCUUACAGAGAAGCUAAAGCUGCUGUAUAAAAUGCAUGUUUUGCCUGAUCCAUCCCCUGAACAAGAAGAACCAGACUCUGCUUUUGAAGCCACGCAGUACUUUUUUGAAGACAUCACGCCGGAAUGUACGCAUGUUGUUGGUCUAGACAGCAGGAACAAACAAGGAGUAGAUGAUGGGUUUGUUACAGUGAGUCUGAAAACAGACAAAGGCAAGAAGAGUUCACAAGAGAAUCGAAAUUAUCUGAGAAUGUGGAGCCAAGAGAAUAAAUCCAAAGCAAAAAACUCCAAGGAUUUGCCCAAGCUGAACCAGGGACAGUUCAUCGAACUGUGCAAGACAAUGUACAACAUGUUCAGUGAAGACCCCAAUGAACAAGAUCUGUACCAUGCUACCGCUGCUGUGACGAGCUUGCUUUUGGAGAUAGGUGAAGUUGGCAAGCUCUUCUCGGUACAGCCCACAAAAGAGGCAGACAGCAGCAGUAACAACUGCAGCAAAACUAUUCAGAGCGAGCUGUUUCAGAAGAAAGACAGCCAGCAGUACCCUCUUGAACAGCACAAGCCGUUCCAAGGCAGCCUGGUCACCAACGACGAGGAGGCCAUUUGCACUGAGAGCACCCUGGGCAUGCAGAUGGAGGACAUUAAACUUGAGGACUCUUCUCCCAGGGACAACGGAGCCUGUUCUUCCAUGCUCAUUUCUGACGAUGAUACAAAAGAUGACAGCUCCAUGUCGUCCUACUCGGUGCUGAGUGCAGGUUCGCAUGAAGAAGAAAAGCUGCACUGCGAGGACAUUGGUGAAGACACCGUUUUGGUACGGAGCAACCACACCACUUCUCUUCAUAGAAGCACUAGCAUUGACAGGGACUGGGCCAUCACCUUUGAACAGUUUUUAGCCUCCCUUUUGACUGAGCCAGCGCUGGUUAGGUACUUUGAUAAGCCUGUGUCCAUGAUGGCUAGGAUCACUAAUGCUAAAAAUGUCAGGAUGAUGGGUAAACCAAUCACCUCGGCCAGUGACUACGAAAUCUCUACUAUGUCGGGAUAAAAGGCAGUUUUUUUUAUUUUUUCUAUUAUGUAUUUAUGAGUACCUGGCACAGGCCUUGGUAUUUUCAAAACAUUAUUGUUUUCACUAAUGUGAAAAUGUUGGGGUGCAUACUUAACUAUGUCUUGAAGUAUAAUCACUCUUUCUGUGGGAAAUGUUACACGAAUGCAAAUUUUAUUCAAAAUACAGAAAAAAAAAAUAUCAGUCGUCAGUGAAGUGUGUGUAUUAUUAACCUUGCUGUCAAUUUUAAAUGGUAAAGAUUAGUUCUUCUAAAUGUAAACUUAACGCUGAUAUUUGUGUGCAUUUUUAAAACAGACAUAUGCAGAGAUCUGAUUCUUGAGGGGAAAUAUUAAACAAAAAAAAAAAGUACCUAAAACUUAAAGGGACGCUGUCAAACUGAAUGGGACUUCAGGUGAAGUUACGUUCCAGGCACCAUCCCUGCAGGAUAACUUUGUUGCAUAUAACUUUUUUUUUUUUUAUUUCCCAGAGAGGAUAAUAUUUUUUAAUGUAUGCUUCAUUCUCAUUUUCUGAAUACAUGCAAGAUCACUUCAGUGAUUCCUGACUGGGGCCUAACUUCCCUUGUUUGAGAAUGGUACACUCAAAAGUAGAAAGGGCAUCCCAGGUUGAGCUGGCACCUCAUGCAAAUGCAGUUAAGUAUGAUGAUUUCUGCUCCAACAGAACACAGAAUCCAUUUGCCUUUGCCUUGGUUCAGCCACCUGCAGCUUAACCAAACCCAGCAGAGGAACAGCCCUCGGCCAUCGGGGGGAAAAUCUCCAUCGUGGUCCUGCCUGGAGCUGUGCUCCUAGCAAGUGGACUUGGAAGCCUUGCUGCCAUUAAGCUCCAAAGGCAGCGUAUGCAGGUUCCGAAACAGAUUGGUGGAGUCCCUUAAAAAUUGAGAGAUGUUUUUAGAAAUAAAUUUUAAAAACCAGAACACAAAGUAUCUAGUUGGAUCUACAGCGUAUUUAGCUUAGCUUUUAAAACUAACCUUUACCACCAACUUACUAUAUCCUUGUUAGAUUAAGAAGUUAAAAACCUGUAUUGCAUAAGUCUUCAUUUACAACGGUGUAAAGUAGAGGUAAUGAAAAAGCUGCAAGAUAAUGUAACUGAAUGUUUAAGUCUUACUGAGAACACUGUCACUUUAUAUAAAUGAAUAGUAUCCUGUAUCAGCUUACUGAAUAUGUUAAAAUGCAAACUGGAGCACCUGCACUUUCAAUCCUUGCUUCUUUUAUACGGAUAUUCAGGAUUUUUUUAAAUUUUGUUAGCUGUUUUAUAGUUCAUAUUUGUUCAGUUCAGGAUCAUGCUUCUAUGCCUAAUCUUUAUUUGCUGUUUGAGAAUAUUUUCUGUAGAAUACUGUUAAUUUUUUAUACUCCUGUAUAUUGCAGCCAUGUAACUUGCAAAUUUUUAGCAAAAGUUGUGUUUUCUUUUUAUUUUAAAAGAAUGCUUUUAAACUGUCAGAUAAAGUGGUUUUUAACCACAAGUAGGUAACGUAAACAAAUAAAAUACACUGCACAGA